AUGUCGUCCGUCGGUAUAACCCCAUACGUCGGCAACGGCAAUUUCGCCUUCGGAGCCGACAUCACCGGCUUGCAGACAUUGCUUCCUUUCAACAUACUUUCUUCAUGGUGUUGGUGCAACGACUCUCUACCAACAACCGCUAACCAGACAGAGCCAUCAGACUUCACUGGCAUGGACUGGUUGACACAUGACCGCCUUGUGAACUAUGAUAUACAGAACCCGGCCGAAGCAGAGAUUUCCCAGUGGCUAGUUGCCAAUCCACAUCGGGCCAAUCUUGGCCGGGUAGGGUUCCUCUAUAAGGGAAACAAUAUCUCUAGUGACGAUAUCACUGGAAUAAGGCAGAGUCUUGAUCUGUAUAGCGGCAUUUUGACAUCGGAGUUUACCCUGCAUGGACAAAUUGUUUCUGUUACGACAAUUGGAGAUCCCUCUUCUGAUAUCAUUGCUGUUGAUGUGCAAUCCUCGCUGUUGGUGGAUGGCUCCUUGAGACUGAACAAGUUUGAGGCUCCAUUUGUAGGUAACUGGACUGCAGUAUCGGAGCAUACUACUGCCUUGAAUAUUAUUACAGAAAAUGAAGCUGCGAUCGGACACUCACUGGGGGGCACGACAUACUAUAACACCAUCGAGUGGGAACAGACAGGCCAGAUAACAGGCCCUUUUCAUGGGACACACCGAUAUCUACUCCAACCUACUGGAAAGACGAAUCGAUUCACAGUCAGUACCGAGUUUUCUGCAUCCUCAAGAACGAGUAUAAAGCCGUUCGCCGCUGUCAAAGAAGCCUCCAUUCACUGGUGGGCUCAACACUGGGAAUCUGGCGCAUUUGUAGACCUAACGGAAUCAGGCUCUUCAGACGCAGAGGAACUGCAGCGCCGUAUUAUUCUGUCACAGUACCUGCUCGCCGUGAACAGUGCCGGUAAGGAUCCUCCCCAAGAAUCUGGUCUCCAAAACAAUGGCUGGUACGGCAAAUUCCACCUUGAGAUGGUAUUCUGGCAUCUGGGCCACUGGGCGCGGUGGAAUAAAUGGGAUAUGUUAGAUCGCAGUCUUGGUGUAUAUUCCCGGUUUCUACCCUCGUCUAUCGAGCGUGCAAAAAGGCAAGGAUACGCUGGUGCGCGACUGGGGAAAAUGAGUGAUCCAUCCGGGGCAUCGGCUCCUGGAUCACAAAAUGCCUUACUUAUCUGGCAGCAACCACACCCGAUGUAUUUUGCUGAGCUGGAGUAUCGCUCGUCACCGAACGUCGAAACUCUGAAAAAAUGGGAUUAUAUCCUGGACGAGCUCGCGACGUGGAUGGUUUCUUAUGCGUGGUGGAACGUGUCUACUCAAGUAUAUGACCUUGGUCCACCGAUGUAUCCAUCAUCGGAGAAUACGAGUCCCAAUUCAACAUACAACCCGACCUUCGAACUGGCCUAUUGGAGGUUUGGUCUCAAGAUUGCCUCGGACUGGAAAACUCGACAGGGAAUCUUGGUUCCUGAAUCUUGGACUCGAGUGCUCAAUAAUCUUGCACCAUUGCCCAUAGUUGAUGGCGCAUACUCCAUCUGUGCUGAUCUGCCGGAUAUGUGGAAUAAGAGUAGCUACACAUCCGACCAUCCCAGCCAGAUUGCAGUCUAUGGGCUUUUACUGCCUACAGAAGGUGUAGAUCCAUCAACUGUGAACGCUACCAUGGAUCUAAUUGCCCAAACAUGGAAUUUCACGGCUUCUUAUGGAUGGGAUUUCCCGAUGCUAGCCAUGACAUCGCUUCGUUUGGGCAAUGUUGAUCAGGCUGUUGAGUAUUUACUCCACUCUAACUUUCAGUUCGAUGAUGUGGGUAAUCCUGUGGGGACGGUGGUCCCGACGCCAUAUUUCCCAGCGUCCUCAGCCUUUCUGCUUGCGGUUGCAAUGAUGGCUGGUGGGUGGGACGGUGAUGAGGGAAUACAUUUUCCAAAGAGCUGGGGAGCGAAAGUUGAGGGACUUUCGGACCAUACACUUAAGCGUCACAAUGAUAACUUCAUUCUGAUCUCAAUUAAAACUAAGGACCGCAAAGGUUUAUCCAUCUCAAUAGAGUGUACAUCUUCACAAAGCACCAUCUGUUCUUCGAGCAGCCCUGGGGUAUCGUUGGCAGCCUCCUCGCCUCGGGGAACAACCCGAGCAAGAAUGGUGCUGGGUAUAGCAGUAACAAGGAGGAGGCCGAUGUUGAGCUUCAUUUUUGCUUGUCUAUGGCUGUCAGCUUAA